AUGGAAAACCAAUUCCCACUUCUUCUUCUCCUUCUCCUCUCAUCUUCAACUCUCACCUCCCAAUCUCCAAAUGCAGCCCCUAACCCUUCCCCUGCCCCCAUCAAGGCCGUCAAUCUCGGCGGCUGGCUCGUUACCGAGGGCUGGAUCACCCCCAACCUGUUCGACGAAAUUCCCAUCAACAAUGAUCUCUUGGAUGGAACUCAGAUCCAGCUCAAGUCCAUCACCAAGAACAGCUACCUCUCCACCAACAGUAGCGUUAGCCCAACCAUCACUGCAAACCAGUCUUCUCCUUCGGAGCAGGAGACAUUCAGACUAUGGCGGAUCACUGAAACAAUGUUCCAGUUCAGGGUUUUCAACUGGAGAUUCUUUGAGCUUGAUGAAGAUGAGAAUUUAGUAGCGAUUUCGGCCUCGUCUAACGACUCGGAUUCUUCGCAUACUUUUGAGGUGGUGAGGAACAAUGACGAUCGCAAUAGAAUACGCAUCAAAGCGCCUAAUGGCUCUUUCUUAGAGGUGAAGCCUGAUGGGUUGGUGAAGGCAGAUUGUUCAGAGAGAACUGAUUGGGGAGAUGAAGAUCCUUCGAUAUUUCUGCUGACUAAUGUGAAGCAGCUACAAGGAGAGUUUCAGGUCACUAAUGGCUAUGGAACUGAGCAUGCGCCGGCGGCGAUGAUGAAGCAUUGGAAGAACUUCAUAGUGAAAGAUGACUUUAAGUUCAUGUCGGAGAAUGGAUUGAAUGCGGUGAGGGUUCCGGUGGGGUGGUGGAUAAGAUUCGAUCAGAGCCCGCCUCACCCCUUUGUUGGGGGAUCACUGCAGGCAUUGGACAAUGCCUUCUCCUGGGCAGAGUGA